AUGGAGCAGCUUUGGGAAUUUCAGAUUAACCUUGUUAGGACGGAUUGGGUCCUAUGCUCAUGUGAAAAGGCUGAAACUAUGGAAGCUAUUUUAUGUGAAGGACCUUGGUUUGUAAGAGGUCAUAUAGUAGGCAUUGAUAAAUGGUCGACUAAUUUUUCAACAAACUCUUUGAAGGGACUCUCAGCUCCAUUGUGGAUAAGGCUUCCUAACCUACCAUUAUAUUGUUGGGAUGAUUUCAACAUAUGCAGAAUUGCAUCUCUUGUUGGGAAACCCUUUUUACUAAAUGGGAAUAUGUUCCAAUGGAACAGAAGAGAAUUUGCUAGGAUUUGUGUUCGCAUCAAGCUGGAUGAACAACUUCUUCUAGGAGUUUGGGUGGAAGGUGAAUCUAGCAAAUUCUAUAAAAAAAUUGAGUAUGAAAAAGUUUCUAAACUUUGUUUCAAGUGCGGCAAGAUUGGUCACUUAAUUGGGAGACGUCCUUUGUCUGUGAAUGAUAAUAUCAAAGAAAUUUCCAAAAAGGUUCCUCAGGAAGUGGUACAAGAUGAAAGUGCUAACAAAGUGGACGCUGGUCCUUCUAAUGUAGACAAUCCUACAACUGCAGAUAUACAAAUUCCUGAAGAAGAAAGGUAUGGACCUUGGGUGCACGUCAGGUAUGGAAAGGGGAAAAGAACUAAUAAUUUUCCACAUAUUAUCAAUAAGGUUUCUCAAAAACCUGUAAAGGAAAUUUGGAAGACUGUUGCUACAGUUGGUCCUAAUAAAAUUAAUCACCAGAAUUUGAACUCGGAACGGUCUAUUAUUGGAAAACAAGACAAAGAAUCUGUUGAAAACCAAAAGACAUGCUGUACUAUACAAAAUAAAGUUUGUGUUGCUACUGAUCCUAUAAAUUCUGAAGCUUUUAAAGCUGCUGAAGUUAAUAAUAUUGCAUUCCUUAGCAAUACAGAACUGGAAGAAGGGGAAAUACGGGAUAGUUUCUCUAGGAUAGAUACAAAGAUUUCAUCUGGUAAGGAAACCUAUGUCCCUAAACCUGUUAUUGUUAAUAAUAAUAGGUUUGAUAUUCUUAACAAGAUUGAUGAAGAAGUGGAAAUUACUGUAAAUGUUCCGAGCAAUAAUUCAAACAAAGAAGUUGAGUCUGAUUCAGAAUUGAAGAAUAGAAACAUGGAAGUGAUCAAAACUGAUAGAGAGAAUUAUAUUGUGAAGAAAAAGUUGGAAAAAGAGCUCAAAACUCUUGGACCAAUUAAACUCAUGACUAGAAGCAGGAAAAUGGAAAUGGGAGAAAAAGUCAAAAGGAUUGGGGCUAGCCCCCUUCCAAAAAAAUGA